AUGGAACGCGCAACACCUCUGAAAGGUCAAAAUACGCUAGACUACGGUCUGAGUACCGGAAAUAAAACCGUUGAAAAAUCUAUACAACCAUACGAUCAAGCUGGCAUGACGAGCGAGAAUGGAGAAAAACUUGCCCGUCCAACCGAUGAAAUAAGUAAGGAUUGGGUCGAAAAACAAAUGGUGAAUUUUAGCCAAUAUGUGACUCCUGAUAAACCUCCAGAACCGCCACCAUUGAAAGGAUUUACGUUGAGCUGUCCACGACAAGCUAUGGACAUUCCAGUUUGUUUUAAAUCGACAACCGGCUAUAUUGAUGCAUCCAUUCGUGCUGAGCACAUACAUCCUUCGGAUGUUGGUGCAUCUGCUUGA